CCGUUGGCUUUGGCGGGCUCUGCUCGCUCUUGCCGGGGGAUUGGCCUGCCCCGACUGGAUGCGAAUUGCAUUGGAUCCAAUAAUGUUGACGGGCGGGAGCAAAUAGGCGGGGCUCCCACUCUGCUCGGGCCAGUGGACCGGGGUGUUCGGGCCAGUCCUCCCACGAAGUUGCACCGUGAUGGCUCGACUUUCAGUGUUCCACGACGGCAUCCUCUUGACACGACACCCACGACACGCUGCUUGAUCCACAAUGGUCGACUUGUAGACUGAUGAUUGACAGGCAGAUGCUCCUCUUCCCGCGCGUAUCCGCGAGGAUGAGACUGGAGAAGGCUACACCGUAAUCACCGUAGAGGCCGGCGCCGAUCUAUUUUGAUGAUUACCCAACCCUGAAUGUAGACAAUUUGGAACAUGAAGCUAAACUCUUGCGGGCCAAAGGUUCAAUGUUUCUACGUAGAGGUAGCUUGGCCGAGCUGCCGAGCUCGAGCCCUGAGAGGUCGGGGCUUCGCUGACGCCGUUCUAAAGAUCGAACGCGGGGCGGCUCUCACACGUGUGUUUCGCUUCCCAGUUCCCGUCCAUGCGCGCGGUGAAAGGGGUGAUCGACGACGGAAGACCGGAAGAAGACCUGGACACAACCACGCUGAACACUUGCGACGCCAACAUCAUAUGCACGUCUCUGCAAUCGCAUGUGUCUCGAGGGACAGCGGUUGUCAGACCAGAUCUCAGCAUCGCGAUGUCAAGACUGCUGUUCAGCCGCAUGUCGAGGUCGACACAUGCAUUGACGUCACGGAACCCUUUGGGCCUUUGGGACUAUCCCCAACUCAUCCGGGGAAGCCGCCCCUUUUGACAGGUGUGGAAACGUUGCUCCGGCCUUUCCAGAAAACAAUGUUGGAAUUGCCAAUUGUCGGUCGCGGGCGGUCAAUUGGAAUGCGUCUUCAUCCACCAUUGAAAACAGAUGAACCCGCCUGCGCAAUGCGUUCCGUAGCAUGUCCUCGACACUCUGUCCUUUCACGCUCAUCGUCAAUGUUCUUCGUGGAACCUUCGGGGUCGCAUGGAAAUGGAGCGUCGAGGAUGGAGCACGCAACAGACUCCAGAGCUUCAUCCAAUAUCCCAGGUGGAUGUGGAUCGAAGGUUUCGGGUUCUUAAUUUAAUCCCGUCUGGGCGUUGCUGCCUUAGUGCCUCAUACUCUUGGUACGUGCGUCAGGCCACAACACACCUCGGGUACAUAAGGUUUCCGAGUCUUCAGUUCGAGGUUGUUCGAACCAACCGAGGC